GGAGAAGGAGAAGGAGAAGGUGAAGGUGAUCAUCAUUUUCCUGAAGGCGGGACAAUAAACUCCAAUCCGGCAAACAUUGUUGACAAAGCCCUCGAAUGUUUUCAUGAUAAGUAUAUUUACAGUCACUGCGACGAAGCUUACAGACUAAGCCAAAGUGGAGAAAUCAAUGUUCCACCCGAAUACACGGAGCAGUAUUGCAAAGGACCUUGCCUAAAAGAGACGCACCACGUGCUAGACUGUAUAGACGGCAUCAUGAAACACUUUGUAUUCUACAACAAGGCUACGCUAAGUGCAAUACGGGAAACUAUUAAGAUAGGAUGUAGCUAUGGUCCUAAACGAGGUGACUUCAAUGUGGCUGAGCACCUCGAAGCUGAAGAAGAUAGCGCGCGUCCAGCCUCUAAACCUGUCAUAUACGGGCUUCUGCUGAUGUUUAUGGCGUGGCGCGCAUUGUUUUAACCUUGCUUUGGUUGUCGUGUAUGAGAUCAAAUUAUUAUACGUGUUCUUUUUUGUACUUAUGUUGCUAUUACUUAUAAGUAAUUUAUGUAUAAGUUAAAAAUCUGGUUGCGCUUUUUAUUUUUUA